AUGCCUUGUCUCUCAUUUGAAAAUGAAGCGUCUUCAAAAGCGGUGGAUGCACCAAAGGGCUAUAUUUCGGUAUACGUGGGAGAGAAAAUGAAGCGAUUUGUGAUCUCACUGUCGUACUUGAACCAACCUUCAUUCCAAGACUUGUUAAGUCAGGUGGAGGAAGAGUUUGGAUAUGAUCAUCCCAUGGGUGGCCUCACAAUUCCUUGCAGCGAAGAUGUCUUCCAACGCAUAACUUCUUGCUUGAAUUGA